UCCCUCUUCCUCUGACUCUAGGUUUCCCUGCUUCACUCUCACGCUCUCUCUUCAUCAGGUCUCACCAUGAACAGACAAGUCUGCAAGAAAUCCUUCAGUGGUGGGAGCCAGGGCUUCUCCGGCCGCUCUGCCGUGGUCUCCGGCAACAGCAGGAUGAGCUGUGUGGCCCGCUCUAGGGGAGCCGGUGGAGGAGCCUGUGGGUUCCAGAGCGGGGCAGGUGGCUUUGGCAGCCGCAGCCUCUACAACCUGGGUGGCAACAAGAGCAUCUCCAUCAGCGUGGCCGGUGGCUCCCGGACUGGAGGCUUUGGGGGAGGGCGUAGCAGCUGUGGCAGUGGCUUUGGUAGUGGCUACGGAGGUGGCUUUGGUGGUGGAAGAGGAAUGGGAGGUGGCUUUGGAGGGGCUGGUGGCUUUGGUGGAGCUGGUGGUUUUGGUGGUGCUGGUGGUUUUGGUGGAAUUGGUGGUUUUGGUGGGCCUGGUGGCUUUGGUGGGCCUGGUGGCUUUGGUCCUGGUGGCUUCCCUGGGGGAAUCCAAGAAGUGACUGUCAACCAGAGCCUCCUGCAGCCUCUCAAUGUGGAGAUCGACCCUCAGAUUGGGCAGGUCAAGACCCAGGAGCGGGAGCAGAUCAAGACCCUCAACAACAAAUUUGCCUCCUUUAUCGACAAGGUGCGGUUCCUGGAGCAACAGAACAAGGUCCUGGAAACCAAGUGGAACCUGCUCCAACAGCAGGGCACCAAUUCCAUCACAGGCACCAACAACCUUGAACCCCUUUUUGAGAACUAUAUCAGCUCCCAGCGAAGCUACCUAAACAACAUCCUGGGAGAGAGAGGCCGCCUGGACUCAGAGCUGAGGAACAUGCAGGACCUGGUGGAGGACUUCAAGAAGAGAUAUGAGGAUGAAAUCAAUAAGCGUACAGCUGCUGAGAAUGAAUUUGUGACCCUGAAGAAGGACGUGGAUGCCACCUACAUGAACAAGGUGGACCUUCAGGCCAAGGUGGAUGCCUUAAUUGAUGAGAUCAACUUCCUGAAAACACUCUAUGACAUGGAGCUGUCCCAGAUGCAGACCCAUGUCAGUGACACAUCCGUAGUCCUGUCCAUGGACAACAACCGCUGCCUGGACCUGGACAGCAUCAUUGCUGAAGUCAAGGCCCAGUAUGAGGAGAUUGCUCAGAGGAGCAAGGCCGAAGCCGAGUCCCUGUACCAGACCAAGCUGGGAGAGCUGCAGACCACAGCCGGCAGACACGGGGAUGACCUGAAGAGCACCAAGAGUGAGAUCAUGGAGCUCAACAGGCUGAUCCAGAGGCUGCGGGCUGAGAUUGAGAACGCCAAGAAGCAGAACGCCAACCUCCAGGCAGCGAUCGCAGAAGCUGAGCAGCGUGGGGAGAUGGCCCUCAAGGAUGCCGAUGCCAAGCUCCAAGAGCUGCAGGCUGCCUUACAGCAGGCCAAGGAUGACAUGGCCCGGCUGCUGCGUGACUACCAGGAGCUGAUGAAUGUCAAGCUGGCCCUGGAUGUGGAGAUCGCCACCUACCGCAAGCUGCUGGAGGGCGAGGAAUGCAGGAUGUCUGGAGAGUGCGAGAAUGCUGUCAGCAUCUCCGUGGUCAGCAGCAGCAACACGACCUCGGCCUCGGCAGGUGGCUACGGAGGCGGUUUUGGCGGGGGCUUCGGAGCGGGAGCGGGAGCAGGUAGUGGAUUCGGAGGAGGCAGUGGCUUCGGAGGUGGCAGUGGAUUCAGCAGAGGCAGUGGCUUUGGAGGAGGCAGCGGCUUCGGCUCUGGUUCUGGGGGCCGCUGUGGGGUCAGUGGCGGAGGUUUCAGCUCAGGCAGCAACCGGGGCGGCAGCAUCAAGUUCUCCCAGUCUUCCCAGCGCUGCUCCAGAUAA